UACAGCCAGCUGCUCUUCUCUGGAGAGCUCUCCCCUGCUCGCUGCACGCCCCACCACAGACUGCUACUGCUGCAGAGAGAAGCGCCUUGAUUUUUUUAGCUUUUUAGUGAGUAUCAAACAUGGAUGGUUUCCAAACAGUCCUGAAAUUCUUUAUGCACCGCAAGACCGCUAUAGGUUACAGUUUUAUGGCGCUGCUGACAAUGGGAGGCGAGCGUGUGUUUUCUCUUGUUGCUUUCAGAUGCCCGUGCAGCAAUGAAAACUUCAGGUACGGUUUGGUAUUUCUCUUCUCACCAGCUUUUGUUUUGCUAGUUAUUGGAUAUUUCUUGAACAGCAGGACCUGGAAACUCUUUACAGGCUGCUGGGUGAACCCCAGAAAAAUAUUCCCCAAAGGGAAUAUCUGCCAUUUUUUUUACGUCCUCAUACAAAUCACUUUAAACGCUCUGAUAGCCCCAGUGAUGUGGCUUUCUGUGGCUUUGCUCAACGGGACUUUUUAUGAAUGUGCCAUGAGUGGCCUGAAAAAUCCUGCCUACUUACAUGCAAUUUGCCACAGCAAAUCUGCAACAUGCUUUGAAGAGCUGCACAAGGUGGCCUGUGACAAAAGCUCUAUGCCCUUUUCAGAGAGUGACGAACUGAAACGAACUCUUCAAGCACAGUCCCAGAUUUUAGGCUGGUGUGUGAUCAUGACUACAGCUCUUCUCUCCCUGCUAGCCACUUGCUGUGCUAGCUGCCAGUCGAAAGUCAGCCACCUCCAGCUGAUGUUCUGGAGGGUGUACACGGAGAAGGAGAAGGAGCAGCUGGAGGAGGUUUUCCAGGUGUAUGCCAGCAAGCUGAGUGAGCGAAACCUGAAGUGCUUUUUUGAGAACAAGGAACCAGAAGAAUUUCCCAUGCCGGCGUUCCAGGCGUGGGAAGAUGCUUCCCAGCUCUACUCUUUCAGCAGUAGCAAACAACAUUAUAGCACAAUUCACAGGCUAAUUGAAGAAGGCCGGAAAGAAAUCAAAGGGGAAAGAGACACGAUGCUGGACUUUGUAGAUGGAAGCGAAAUACCAUAGACGAAGUGUGAGGUUUUUCCUGUCUUGUUAAUGUAACAUACUUCUAGCUAGUUUCAUCUCUGUAUAUUUUCACAAUGGGCUCUUUCUUCUUCAUCACAUUUCCUCACAGUUACAAACUUGCUCCAAAAGGAUGGAAUUAAUUUAUUUCCUUACACAAUUGAAAAGGCUGCAGUCCUCCAUGGCACCUAGAGUUCAUGCUCUACUAAUGUCAUGGGCUCUGGGUCAAGAGCUGACAGCAAAAAGAGAUAAAUAAUGACUUCUACAAAAACCUUUUAACAAUAUCCCAUGUAAAAGGCACUAUAUUGUGCUCAUCUCACGUAAAUCAAGAGAUGGUCAUAAAGUAACACCACUUAAAAGGUGUGAAUGUAAUAGCAGAAGAUGUGUGUGGCUUUCUAACAGCCCACUGAAAGUAAAAGUUUUGCUUCUAGGUCAUUCCCAAGCCAUUGGUAGAUACAGCUUUGCUUUGGAACACCAGUGGACACUCGAGGCAUACUGGUGUCUUUGGACUCCUGUGUCAUCUAGAAUGCCAUGGAUGGUCACAGUAAUCAGCUCUAGUCCUUUAGUCUGCCCGAAACAUGGGGCCACGAUCUCCACUGACAGUGAGGUGACAGGUAAUUCUUUAGACAAAUCUUGCAGCCAAAGUAUAUUCCAAGAACGUGAAAUUACCAAACGGUUCAGCAGUUUUGUGCUUUUCUUAAGAAAGAAACCCCUAUAUUGAAAUAUAAACAGUUGUUCUUAGUGCUUUAUUACAGUAACAAAAAAUCAUCACUGGUAUCUUGCCUCUGUAGAGUACUUGGUAUUAUCUUCUUGCACUGGGAAGUUGUUUGUAUAGGUGUGACAACUUCACCCCAGCUGGCAACGGAGCACCAUGCAGCUGCUUGCUCACUCCUCCCCCUCCCAGUGGGAUGGGGAGGAGAAUCAGAAAAAAGCUCUGUAAAACUUGUAGGCUGAGAUAAGAAUGGUUUAAUAACUGAAAUGAAAUAAAAUAUAACAACAACAAUAAUAAUGAAAUAUAAUAAUACUAAUGAAAAUGAAUACAACAAAAAAUAUAUUAAAACAAACCAAAGGAAAGGCAAGUGCUGCCCAAUGCAAUUGCUCAUCAACUGCCUGAUCGAUGCCACUCCUCCCCACCACUCUCCCCAGUUUCUAUAGUGCACAUGACAUCCUAUGGUGUGGAAUAGCCCUUUGGCUAGUUGGGGUCAGCUGUCCUGGCCAUGCUCUCUCCAGCUUCUUAUGCACCUCCUCGCUGGCAGAACAUGAGAAACUGAGAAGCCCUUGACUUUAGGAAAAGCACUACUUAGCAACAGGCAAAACAUCAGUGUGUUAUCAACAUUCUUCUCAUAGUAAAUCCAAACCAGAGCCCUGUACCACCUACUGGGAGGAAAAUUAACUCUAUCCCAGCCAAAACCAGGACAAUGGGUACAAAGCUCCUGUUUUGGGUGGGUUUUGGGCACCGAGUGCAGCCUGUAGAGCUCUGUAAUAUUGUUUGUACUGGGCCUUCAACCAGUGUACAACACGGGGCCUGAAAAGAAAUCCUACACUUUAAGACAAGAAAUAUUUUUGCAGCAGGCUGAUUUUCAUUUUUCUUAACAUCAUAAGAAACUGAAGCAUCUGGAGCAAGAGGAACCAGUAGACAAUGCAGGUGAGAGACUGCACCAUCAGUGUUUCCAACAAAUCUGUCUCACCCCAGAGCCUCGAGCUCUACCUCACCCACUUGGAAUUCACCGUUGCUCUCACAUAGAAUGUCCAGACUCUUUGCAAAAACUGUAUAGAAGAAGAACAAAGUUUCUGCCAAGUUUCUUUCCCUGGGGUGACUGGGUAGGCUUUUAACAGAAUUUUACUGCCAGUCUCCCUGAGUCUGCAGAGAAACAUAUUUUUGCCCUGCUUGAAACAGGCUUUUAUCAACAAACCAGGGUUACUGACUGAGACAAACUUCCCUACUCAAAGCUGUCUUUUUACAUCCUUCGUCACUGGUACCACAAAAAACCCAAAGCAAGUAGGGAUGAAAAGGGGAAGACACUAAGUAGGUUAAUGAGAUGAUCAAAGAACGUGGGAAACUAGUGGGCUGAUGUAAGGAUGGGAUCUCUAUUGAGCUCUCUAUAAGAGCUGGGAUACAGAGGCAAAAGUAUAGUUAGCAGAGGGAAACUGGGAGGACAGAGGGAUCUCACUUUGGGCUUUUAGCAUCCACUUUUUCCUUGGGAGGAAACUCAAAACUCUGCAUCUGAGUAGCCAAAAUAAUCUGAAACAGGCCUGGCCUUCUCCUUUAUUGCAGAGCAGCAAAACCACAGUGCAUUCUCUUCUCCUCAUGCUUAUCCUGCUUCAUGUUCACAGGGGAGUUAUGUUGAGAAUGUCUCUACCUCCAAGAGCAGCUGCUGAACACUUAGUACUGCACUGUGUGCCUGGUAGGAGUCUAUCACUGACCCUCAUUCUCAGGGCUGGAUUACUCUGUGUUGUUUUACGAAAUGACUGUGACUUAAUGCAGUUGCUAUGUGGAUGCUGGAAUACUUCUAUAAAAACAGACAAAAAUAAAAGCUACUCUGACCCUAUGUUUUCAACUGGAAACUGGUUUUGGAAAAUUUAACUUUUUCCUUCAAGCAGCUUUUGCAAAAGCUGUUUUGUAUCAACAUUGCCCCUGAAUGAAAGUUUGGUAUCUUGGAAGCAGGUAAAGACUAUUGUCAACACUAUUGUCAUAGGUUUGUGUGGAGCCCUUUUUGCUUGAUAAUAGGGGGAGGCAGCUGCAGUGUUGUCCCAGUAACUAGUUCUCAAAACAUCCCCCGGCUCUGAGGUGGACCCAACUCCAGCCUGGCCAGGCCAGUCUGGCGUCUCUGCCAUCCCGAUUUAAGAAGGGAAAUCUGAGCUGGAAGAGGAGAUGUAGGAAUGAUACAAAAUGGAGGUGACCAUGUGGACCUCACAGUCAGAGGAGGGAGGAAGGAAGGAGGAGCACUGAACUGGAGACUCCUUGUAACCUGUGGCAAGAACACAGGCUGUGCCCUUGCAACCCACGGAGGCUGCAAGCUCCGGGUGAGUACACCCAGAUGGGUAGGAGACUGUGUGAGGAGGCAGCCAUGGCGCAGGCCGUGCUGGAGAGCCUGUGGGCCACAGAGCAGACCCACAUGAGAGGCAGAGAGGAGCUGCAGCCUUUGGGAUGAACACACAUUGGAGUGGCCCGUGCAGGGCUACCCAGCCUGUGAGGGACUCUGCGCUGGAGCGGGAAGGACCAUAGAGGAGCCCGUCUGCCUUGAGGAGAGACAAGUGGCAGGAGCCAUUGGGAAAGGACUGACUGAAACUCCCAUUCCCUGUCCUUCUGAGCUGUUCAGGCGGGGAGGAGUUAAAGACACUGGGAUUAGGGCUCU